AUGAAGUCGACGACGUCUGCUAUCACGCUGACAAGUAUCUGGCUGGCAGCCCAAACUAGCGCUUUCUCGCUUAGUGAGGCAGGGGACGAGUCGACGGGUCCAUCUGCUGAGAACCUAGCCGACUAUGAAAUUUGCGAGAAUACUGGAGAUCAAGAUUGUAAUUACGCGUAUUUGAAGGAAAAUUUGCCCGAGGGAAAAAAAUCAUGGAUUGUCGCACCCGACAGUAAUACUGUUUGCCUUGAUGGAUCACCAUUUGGUUUCCUGGUUUUUCCUGGUACAACUGAUAGGGUCAUGUUAUGGUUCCAGGGAGGUGGUGCGUGCUACGACUAUGAGACGUGUGUGGCAGCACCAACAGCACUCACACGUUUCUCACCCAACAGUGAGGGCUACUUCAAUUAUGAUCUCGAGGGCAACCCUUUAGCUUCGGGUGGGUGGACUUCGAUAGUAAACAACUGCUGCAGCGGCGAUAUGUUUAUCGGCGAUGCGACACGUGAACUUACUAACGGCACGCAUACUGAGACUGUCCACUUUGCGGGUUACAACAACACCUUGGCGGUACUAAAUUGGAUGCAAGCGCAAUCAGAAUUUCCGGUCGACCAGGAGAUAGCCUCCGGAGGAUGCAGUGCUGGUAGCUUGGGUGUGCAGGUAUGGGCUGACUAUCUCGUGAGGAACUAUGGUGUUGACAAACUUCAGCCUGACAGUUACAUUGGAAUGCUACCAAGAGAGGCCGGGGACACCAUGUUACAAUGGAACGCCUGCGGACCGGCCAAAGCACAAUACUUAGAGCAGGAUAUAGUCGAUCUGUGCGAAGCAGGAGGUCUACAUGAGAUGCCACCAGUCUUCAACGAUUUCUUGGCGAAAAACCCGGAAUUCCCCGUCGCCUACACUGGGUCGGCACAUGAUAUUGUCCAGCGCGGCUACUACGCACUGCUGACUUCUCAAAUUUAUACUUGCGGUGUGAUGGAGUAUCUACCCGGGUUUGCCGAAGUUAGCUUGACUUUCUCUGACUAUCUCUGGACUGCACUCACCGGUUAUAAUGAGGCUGAUGUGAACUACUCGUACUACAUUGUGGACACAACACAGCAUAGCUUUGUUGUAAAGGAUGAUAUUGUGAGCAACGAAGCUGUCAAUAGCCCGUACUCAGACCUCACCAUGUGGGAGUACGUAGGUAAGUUCCUGAACGAGGACGAAUACCAAAACUCACCCUCAUACCCAGCCGAAUUGCCACCGACGUUAGCGCUGGAUAUCGAUCCCACCAAGUUCUACGACUACAUCAAACAACAUCAAACAGUUCAUUAUCAAGAGCAGGAUGCCUAA